CUUGCAGUACUUAAAACUGGGAGAUAAUAGUCUGCAUUUUGUACCAAGCGAUGCUUUACGACGUCUGCAUCGGUUAAGACACCUUGAUCUCAGAUCUAAUAAUAUAAGUGUUCUUUCAGAAGACGCAUUCACGGGUUAUGGGGACUCACUUACUUUUCUAAAUCUUCAAAAAAAUAUGAUUAGAGUAUUACCAGCAUCAGUAUUUGAAUCACUUAAUUCUUUGGAAUUUUUAAACUUGCAGAACAAUCGAUUAACAAAUAUUGGAGAGGAUGUCAUCGAAAAUGUUAUUGAUACAUUAAGACUAAUAGAUAUAACAGAUAACCCUCUUGCUUGUAACUGUGACUUACAGUGGUUCUCAGCAUGGUUGAAUAAGCUUAAAGACAAAGAUGAUGAAAUAAUGUCCAAAAAAAGAUCAGUGUGCACACUGAUGUUGGAACAUAGGGAGUAUCCAAUACAGAAACUACCAUUACAAAACAUGGGCUGUCCAUCCAGUUACAAUGUUGAGAGAGUAUGGUCAACAGCUCAUACAAGAAUAUCAUCUCAAUGCCUUAUACUGUUCAUAAUUUAUUUAACUACUUGUGUAUAAUAAGAUUGUGUCAGUUGUCCAAUGAAAAUGUUGCGAGUUUUCUACUAAGAAUACUGUAAGAUCAACUAUUUGUGUGUAUAAUUUUGAGGUUAAUGUGUUUGAAAUCCAUUGUUAAUGUAUUUUUUAACAUUUACUAUAAAUGAAGUUCUCAAGUAAAAAUUCAUUUAACUUGCGUAACGUUGGAAGAGCUAGUUAAUCAGUCUCACCAGUGCCAGUCAAAUCGACUUGGGUUGUCCACAUCUUACUUUUGAUGAAAUUUAAAAACUGUACACAUUAUUUCGUCUUUUAUUUCUGGGUUAAUUUAAAAUGCAAUAAAUACAACAAUUUUAUAGGUGUAUUUUUAAAGUGUUCAAAACAAAUUGUUGACUAGAUUAAAGGGAAAAAAUAUAUAGGUUCAAUUAUAAAUAAAUAUAAAGUUUACUUUGA